AUGAAUAUAUACAUUUCGGCUCCCACGGGCGAGGCUGCUGCAGAGCCUGGGGGCGCUCCCGCAGCAGCAGCAGCAGCAGCAGCAGCAGCAGCGGCGGCGGCAGCAAGCGCCGCUGCUGCUGCUGCGCCCUCCAGGCGGCUUACGCUGCCGAUCCCGAAGCGGCGAAGCCCCCCGCGUUCCGUCGAGGGGCAGCAGCAGCGGCAGGGGGCGCCGGCGUACGCGCAGCUGCAGCAGCAGCAGCAGCAGCAGCAGGGGCUGCAGCUGGGGCCCGUGGGCGCAGCAAAGGGCUGCUGCUCGGUGUGCGUCUACUCCCCCUGCCACUCCUCAGAUGCUUCAACAGCAGACGAGCUGGAAGAGGCGCCGCUGGCUUCUCCGGGCGCGCCCCCGCUCUGCAGCAGCAGCAGCAGCAGCAGCAGCAGCAGCAGCUGGCAGCGGCUGGAGCUGGGGUCGCCGCCGUGCGUGUACACGCUGGGGGAGCUGAUCGGGUCGGGGUCGCAGAGCUUCGUGUACCGCUGCGUGCCGCAGCAGCCUGGCUGCGCCGCCGCCGCCGCUGCUGCUGCUGCUGCUGCUGCUGCUGCUGCUGCUGCGCCGCUGUGCGAGGAGACAGAGUGGUUCCCGUGGGCUGCCUUUUUGUCGCGAGCAGCAAAACAUGCUGGUGCUGCUCCUGCUGCUGCUACAGCAGCAGCGCUGCAACGGCUGCUGCAGCGGGAGUCAGCGAGGGGCUUCUACCCUUCUGAGUGGCUGAGCUACGAGGGGUUCGCGUUCCCCGGGCAGUUCGCGCUGCCUGCUGCUCCUGUUGCCGCUCCUGCUGCUGCUGCUGCUGCUGCUGCUGAGUCGCCGGGGGAAGAAAUAUUUGCUGCCAGCCACUUGCUGCGGGUGCUGCACCUUCCCAAUGCCUUGACCGCUCAUUUACUGGCGCAGCUGGAUGCUUUCUUAGCCUCAUUCGCGAAGGCCCACUGGGGAGAGGCUGCUGCUGCUGCGCUGCAGCAGCAGUUGUGCGGCUGGCAGCUAUUCGAGUUCGCAGAGACAGCCAGAGCGAGAGGAGAUGGUUGGCUGCUGCUGCCGAGGUGCAUGGAUGCUGCGGCAGUCUUGCGGGCCCUGAGUGCUGUUGCUAUUGGCUGCCACCGCAGCAGCAGCAGCAGCAGCAGCGGCGUUGCUGGGGCAGCAGCAGCAUCUUUAACGGACGGCGAGACUCAAGAAGCAGCAGCAGCUGCUGCUGCUGAGCACGGGGUGCUGCUGCCCGUAACGGCCUCCUGGGGGUCGUGCGUCGCCGCAACGCAGCCCAGCAGCAGCAGCAGCAGCAGCAGCAGCAGCAGCGAGGAGCCUUGUGAGGUGGCGCUGCCCACGGCCUACUUCGGUUUGUAUCCGCUGCAGGUGUCUGGUUCGCUGCUGCAGCGGGACUUGAGUUAUGUUUGCUGCUUAGUGAAUCAUGUGCUGCUGCAGCUGCUGCACUGCAUAGCUGGGGCAGAGGCCCUCAGCAGCUGCAGCAGCAGCAAGGGCUGCUGCUGCUGCGACAGCAGCAGCACGCCGCCGGCUUCCGAGGGCCCGCGCUGCGUUUGUCUGAGCAGCCGAAGCAGCACUGCCGCAGCCGCAGCAGCGACAGCAGCAGCAGAAGCAGGGCCUCGGCGAGCAACAGCAGCAACAUGGCUGGGGGCCCUCUCGCUGCUGCGGCUGCGGCUGCCGCUGCCUUUUGCUGCUCCUGCUGCUGCUGCAGCAAGCUGCAGCGCCGAAGCAGCAGAAGGCCAGCCGAUAAGGCCCCCGCUGCUGUCGCCUUCACAUCUUAUAGGGACUUAUUUCUUUCAAGAAGAUCUUUUCUUUUUGCUGCCUCCCGUGCAAAGCUUCUUCGCCAGGUGCAGCAGCAGCAGCAGCAGCAGCAGCGCGGAUGGAAGCCACGGCGACAGCGGCAGCGGCAGCGGAUCGCUGGGCGAGCAGCAACAGCAACUAGCAACAGCGGCAGCAGCAGCAGCAGAAUCUGACAAGGACGAGCUGGAGACUGCCUGGAGGCCUCACAGCGGAGCCACAAGCCGCCAGCAGCAGCAGCAGCAGCAGCAGCAGCUUUAUGAAGUUGUGGCGCAGCCGUCUGCAGCAGACCUGCACAAGACUCACGUAACGCCUGAGCUGCUGCUGCAGCUGCAGCAGCAGCAGCAAUUUAGGUUUGUGCCUUUGUCAGCUUUUCUCUUCACUCCUCACCACCGCCGCAAGAGUCAUUUCAACGCAGCAUCUGCUGCGCUGCCGCAGCGCAGGCACCGCACACGGCAGCAGCAGCAGCAGCAGCAACAGCAGCAGCAGGGGAGGGGUCAGGAGCUGCAGCAGGCAGAGAGCGCACAAAGAGCUGAGGGGCACAAAGAAGUGCUUCAGGCCCAGAUGGAACAGCAGCAGCCGCAGCAUGAGCAGCAACUGCAACAGCAAGAGCAGCAGCAGCAGCAAGAGCAGGAAACUCCAGGAAUCAGCCCAGCGGGAGUAGCUGCUGCAGUCUGCGCUGCAGCAGGAGCAGAGGAGACUGAACGGCGCGAAAUGGAAACUCAAAUAGCACUAGAUGAGCAGCUGCAGCAGCAAGCGUUGCAGCAGCAGCAAGCGCUGCAGGAGCAGCAGCAAGCGCUGCGGGAGCAGCAGGCGUUGCAGGAGCAGCAAGCGCUGCAGCAGCAGCAGCAAGCCCUGCAGCAGCAGCAAGCGUUGCAGCAGCAGCAAGCACUGCAGCAGAAGCAAGCAUUGCAGCAGCAGCAGCUGCUGCAGCAACAGCAAGAGUUGCAGGAAGGGCAGCAGCAGGACCUGCAGCCGAUGCAGCAAGACGCAGCAGAGGACGUUGCAUGUUCUGCUGCAGCAAUUGAUACACUCCAGCAGCAGCAGCAGCAGGAGCACCAGCAGCUGGAGCUACAGCAGCAGCAGCAACACGAGCAGCAUGGAUGCCCCGUUUUGCAGAACUUGCAAGAAGGGCCGCUGUUGCAGCAGCUGGAGACAGCAGCUCCUCCAGAGCAGCAGCAGCUGCAGCAGCAACUGCAGCAGCAGCAGCUGGAGGCCGCAGUGCCUCAAGAGCAGCACCAGCAGGAUGUGCUGUCGCCGCAGCAGCGCGAGACUCUUGCGUCGCUGCAGCAGCUGCUGCAGCAAUCUGCUGCGCAGCCAAUUGACCCCACAGAGGUCUCCCCCAUCAGCGAUGACCAGGAGGAGCAGUAA